AAACCUCAGAACUAUUCUGCACAAAUCCGCUGCCUCAAUGUGCAUUUUGUCAUCUCAAUUCGUCACGCAUCGAUAACUACACGAACCACAUCGUGGCUUUCCUGUUAACCAUCCGAACCCACCGUUGGCAACCUGUGGUGAGACUUUGAAAGUGUCUGCGUGUCGGAGUCUUUCGGGGCCACGCUGCACCCAAUGAGAGCCUGGCGCGGUGACGAUGCAGCAGCGCGGUGCCGGUGCAGGACACGCCCCCAGCAUGGAUACAGGCUGCGGGGACAGGCGCUCCGAGACACUCUCACUAUAUGCUGGGGAGCAUCUGAAGCAACCAUGGGACGAGUUCACACACCCAACUUUUAAAGAGUUGCCGCUCUCAACAAAGACUUUGUCCUUUUCCUUUCAUCUCCUUCACUCGGGGGAAUUGUGAGCGCUUGCGAUCGUCACGCAGGAUGUUAUUACUGACGAGACUCGGAAAGCCGGGUAUGAAGAGCGUAAAGUCUCUCUGAUGAGAACCACCUCCUUCUAUCCGCCACACAAAGGGAACCACGGAACAAGUUCUUUUCUCCCCCCACGCACGCCACGCCAUCGUUUUCUCUUUUGGAUGUCAUAGUGGGGCGGGUGGGGGGAGAGUUCUUUGAAAGACGUCAUGGAUCACUUCGCAGCGGAGUGCCUUGUCUCGAUGUCCAGCCGUGCGGUCGUCCACGCUCCGAGGGUCAACAACCGGGAGAUGAAGCCGGAGAACCCGUCGCCUCCCCCUACGAGGAACCCGGAGGACGCCAAAGAACCCGUGGUGAAGGACAACUCCUCCCUGUACGUGGUGGCCAGGAUCCUGGCGGAUUUUAACCAGCAGACUCCCAACGGCGUGCUCGGCGAGCAGGCGAGGAGCAAGGAGGAGAGCCAGGCCGGGCUGACGGAGGAUGCAAACUGUGCCACACCUACCAUCACCAUCUCGGAUCCGUCGCUCAAACAAAGGGGCAAAAGAUCGAGAGGUCGCAACGAGCCCGAGUCCCCGCAGAAAAAGCACAAAUGCCACUAUUCAGGUUGCGAAAAAGUUUAUGGCAAAUCGUCGCACCUCAAGGCGCACUUGCGGACGCACACAGGAGAGCGUCCGUUCCCUUGUACAUGGCCCGACUGCAGUAAGAAGUUCGCCCGCUCCGACGAGUUGGCCCGGCACUACCGUACUCACACAGGAGAAAAGAAGUUCGGCUGCCCGCUUUGCGACAAGCGCUUUAUGCGAAGCGACCACCUAAUGAAGCACGCCAGGCGCCACUCGGAUUUCCAGCCCGGCAUGCUCAAGAGGCCCCACAGCAGCGGUGUGGGCGGGGUCGGCGGUGGGGUGGCUGGCCACGCCACGCGUCCCGGCUCCCUCAGCGAUUACAGCCGCUCGGACGCCUCAAGCCCCACCCUCAGCCCCACCCUCAGCCCGACCCUCAGCCCCGCCCUCAGCCCCGCCAGCUCGCCUUAAACUGAACUUCGCACUUUCCACCACCAGCGCGGCCGAGGCGCGUGUUCUUUUCAUGAUAACACUCGUGUUGUUGCACACUUGUCAGCGGCGAUGCCCUUCUUUGCUAAUCCUGCGCUUGCUAUGGUGUACCCUACUGUACAGAACUGCUUAUUGUAGUGCAAUGACAUGUGUGAUCCUAGCAGAAGGUAAUGCCUUUCCCAGAUGGCAAUAUUUACAUUCUCGACCAUAUAUGUCUCGACUUUUCUUCUAAUUGUCUGCGUGCAACAACUCAACAUGACUUAGAAGAAAGACAACAGGAGUCUUAACGUAA